GGUCUAGAACUUUGCCUCAUUCGCUCCCACCUUCUAUCGGACGACGGUUCAACUAUCGGGCUUUCUUGGCGCUUUGUCUUUCCCCUCCCUCAUUCACUCACUCACUUCAACGGGUCCGGCUCUCUCAGCCAUGUCAACGAAACCCCGCCGUACCCUUGCGGGGCCAAUCUUCCGCGUCCGUACGGGGUGCCUGACGUGCCGCGGUCGCAAGAAGAAGUGCGACGAGACCAAGCCGCGGUGUCGCGGCUGCGAGCGGAACCGCCUAGAGUGCCGUUGGCCCCCAACGUCCUCGUCCCAGGCUGCCGCCUCCUCUCAGGCUUCGCAGAGCGGCGGCAACUCGCGGUCGCCCCGCGAGGCAGUAAACUCGCCAGAGAGCACGCGGCAAGACGAUGUCAAACCUGCUGCUCCUUCACCGUCAGGGUCCACGGUGGCGUCCCAGAGUCCCCAGCAUCUACCAGAUCGCUCAGGCAAUUUCUCUUUUGCAUCACAUAUUCAGUCCUCGGAAUCGCCAAGUGCUGCCACAACGGACUCGAGCCCGAGCCCGGCAACUCAGAUCGUCACGACGGACCAUAGCAGCGGAAUCAUCAUUACGCCCCAAACACCAGAAGAGAACACGACGACUGCCAUCGGGCUUCAAGACCCAUCCGCCUUUUCAGUCUUUGACACGGAGGACCGGGACGAUGGCGACACCACGGAUCAGAUGGUGCACUCACCAAUCCAACCAAUGUCGAUGUUCAGAGAUCACCAUGUGCCAAGGUCGAUGAACCUGCUGGCUGGCAAUCAGGACAGCAACUCACUAGAGCUUCUCAGUCACUACCUCAGCGCAACGUCGCUCAGUAUGGCCAAUGGGUCUACGGCAGACAACCCGUUCACUGCCCAAUUGAUUCCUCUAGCAUUCAGCAGCGAUCUCGUCUUACAAUUACUCCUUACCCAGAGUGCCGUUCACCGAGCAGCAAAGUCUCUAGUCCCGACGGAUCACAUCGCGACAAAAUAUUACAACCAGUCUCUUCGACUCUUUCAGCAAAACAUAUCGACCUACAUGGGUGGGCAGCAUGGCGAAGAAACGUUGAUCUUGGGCAUCGGUGCCCUGAUCCUAUGCUUGGUUGAGACUGCCAAAGGUGACGUGAACGGAACCAUCUUCGACCAUCUCAUGGCAGCCCAGUCCUUGAUCUUGCCCUUUUUAUCCGCAAACAACACUUUCCUACACAAGACUUUGAAAGACUUCUUGACCGAAUACUACAUCUACACGGCAACCGUCAGCGUGAUAUCCAUAGACGCACGACUUGGUGAUCAAUUAUUCCUCAGCAACGACCUGAUCCUCCUUGCGACUGAGCUCGUGGCAUCCUCGUACAUUGGAAGCUUGUGCGGAUGCUGGCUGGAUUUGAUCCUCUUAGUGCCUUCAAUAUUCGACCUGGGACGUCGGAUCAUGAGCCACAUGGACGAGCCGGACUGGCGUCCAUCAGCUGAUGACUUUAUUCUGUUCUCACAACUACAAAGCCAGAUUCUCAACUGGCAACCAAACCCCAUGGUGACUGAAAAUGUUGCCUUGGCGGGAUACAUAUACCAGAAAGCCUUGUUGCUCUAUCUGCACACGGCAUUACACACACUCUCGCGAAAGGAGCAUGGCCUCCAGGCAAUGGCUAUCCAGAACGCUCUCAGCGGAGCUCUCUCACAUCUAGCACAACUAGACCCGAGCGUCCGUAUCAACACCAGUUUAUGUUGGCCCAUCACUAUCAUCGGUUCUUGCGUCACAGACAAAGGACAGCAGGAGUUCUUGCACGAGAGAUUGGGCCAUAUGUUCGCUACCAUAGGUCUGGGUAACAUCCGACAAACUUCAGUAGUACUGCAGCACCUUUGGGACCACAACGAGGCCAUGCCGGCGGAUAUUGGAGCAGGUCCAUGGCAGGUGUGUCGGGUCAUGAAUGAGAAUCAGAUUUGGAUUUCUUUCGCGUAG